AUGUUUGGGUUAAGGCCGUUCGUCUUCAAAAAGGCACUAUGCGGCUCAGCCGCGUUGCUCAUGGCCGCCACUACCUCGCUCGGCGGAUUCCUUUUUGGCUACAACGUUGGUGAAAUCUCCGGCAUUCUAACAUUCCACGAAUUCAUCCGUCGAUUUGGUGCAGAUGCGGACCACCUGCCCCCCCUUACCUUGUCUCUCAUCGUCUCCCUCACGAGUUUGGGUUCAUUGUUUGGGGCGCUUUCGUGUGCAUAUACUGCCGAUUGGUGGGGUCGCCGAAUGAGUCUGCUCCUAGGUGUAUUCGUGUUGGUCGUUGGUGAUACGUGCCAGAUGUGUGCGUCGCGUGGAUCUCAUCUGAUGUUGGGUCGAUUCGUGUCCGGACUUGGCUUGGGGAAAUUGUCGGUUGCCGCUCCUAUGGUCCAGUCUGAAUCUUCACCGAAAGAAGUUCGCGGUGCCGUGGUCGCCUCGUAUCAACUCUUAGUUACCCUUGGUAUCCUGAUUUCCACUACAAUUUGCUACGGCUUCUCGAAUAUCGAGGACCAGACUGUGUCUUGGAGGGUUGUUAUUCUACUAAAGUUCCCUUUCUGCCUGGUCUUUUUUGCUGGUGUUCUCAGUAUACCCGAAUCUCCCAGAUGGCUUGCAGCUCGCGAGGAUUGGGAAGGAGCCCGAAUGUCACUGGCUCGCCUUCGUGGGUUGGCAGACAAACCUCACGACCCUGUUAUUGAGCAAGACUUUGACGAAAUGAAGAACAUCUUAGGGUCACAACGGCAAGUUGGAAAUAGUUCAUGGUUUGAAUGUUUCCGGUCCAGCCAAAACAUGCCAAAGGUUCUGUAUCGGACCCUUCUUGGUGUUGGGAUCCAUUUCCUGCAGCAGUGGACCGGCAUUAAUUAUUUCUUUUACUACGGAGUCACCAUAUUUCAAUCAGCUGGUUACGAUAAACCCAUUUUAGUACAGCUCGUUCUAGCUACAGUGAAUGUCCUGGCAACGUUUUUCGGUCUCUGGCUGGUGGAGAGGUUCGGACGUCGAUGGCCCCUGAUUGUUGGUGCUUUGUGGCAAGCUGGCUGCCUUAUCGUCUUUGCCUCAGUCGGAACCGUGCGCAAGUCCGAAUUGCGGUCCGCUCAUGGCCUCACAUGGACUUCACUCGUUAUGAUGGCAUCGGUCUUUUCAUUUAUUUCGUCUUUUGCGUGUACCUGGGGCCCGAUCACUUGGGUAGCGGCUAGGGAACUGUUCCCCUUGCGAACUCGAGCUAAACAAGCAUCCAUGGCAACUGCUGGAAACUGGCUCGGAAACUUUCUGAUUGCAUUCCUCUCGCCUAUUGCCACGAGACAUUUGUCCUACUCCUUCGGCUUCGUACUUGUGGGAACCAAUCUUGCCGCCGCAGCGCUCAUUUUCUUCUGCCUUUACGAGUCCCAAGCCUUGUCUUUGGAGAACGUGAAUCUCAUGUAUGGCGCAAGUGGACUGAAAGCUUGGAACAGUCGGAAAUGGGUACCUUCUGGGCACAUGACGCGGUAUGAAUGA